AUGGUUACUUCAGAGGACACCAACACUUCCAACUGUUUGCCACAAUUGGCUAACUCUUCGCCACCGCUCACACCUCAAGAGUUGACACAAUUGGCAGACAUUGACAGUCGAUUGUUUGGUAUUCUUCGUCUGGAAGAGCCGGCGAACAGUAAAACAAAAUCAUUGAUAACUAAGGCUAUCAAAGCACUGGAGGUGUCUUUACUUCAAAGACAUCUAUUGCUUGAGAAGUACGAGAAGAAUGCGAUGGAAGCGAAGGACGACAAGGCUUUGAAUGAGUUGAAGUCGGCGCCAAUUGAUCCGCGCAUAUACUGCAAGAUCGGCGACUUUAACCUCCUUUUGGGAAACCAUACCAAAGCGCUGUCAGCAUUUCAGAGAUACUUCUCACUGAACGAAGAGCACUGGAAAGAUGUGCCGUUUGUCUUCAGUCUGGGUUUGGUUUACUUUCACUUCAAUGCCUAUCACUGGGCUCAGUUAUCCGAACCGAGUCUUAAUGAGAUUGAAAUAGUUUUAUGGGACGGCUAUAGCCUUAGACAGGAUUUGAGAGUCACGUAUGCCUUCCAUAUGAAAGAGUGCAGAGUCUGUGGAGUAGAGCAGACCUGUCAUAAAGACACUGUGCCUACAGUUCGUACACAUCUGCAGCUGCAGCUAUCAAAUAAAGAGGCCAACAAAGGAAAGGGUCUCACGAGCUCGAGCUGGCCCUGGCAAUCAAAGCGUUUCGUCAGGGCAAUCAAAGCGUUUCGUCAGGUUUUAUACAUCGAGCCAUCCUUUCCCCGAGCAAACGAAGCUCACGUCAGACUCGGCCUUAUAUUUAAAGUUCUUAACGAUUAUAACCUCUCACUAAAGCACUUCCACUUAGCACUGAAUGACUCGAAUGUGUGUUCAGUCAGCAAAUUAGAGAUCCAGUUUCAUAUCGCACACCUGUUUGAGAUUCAGGGCAAACAUAAGUUGGCUAAAGAGUCGUAUGAAUCACUUCUCGAAGAGAAAGAGCUAUCGGUUCAGUUACGGGCGGACAUAUACAAGCACUUGGGUUGGAUGCACCAUAUCUUCGACACAUUGGGUGACAAACAGCAGAGACAGUCAUACGCUUUGAAUUGCUUGAAGAGCUCCAUUGAAUCGGAUCCCGACUCGGGUCAGAGUCUAUACUUCUUAGGGCGCUGUUACGCAAGUCUGGCCAAAGUUCACGAUGCGUUCAUCUCUUAUCGCAAUUCGGUGGACAAAGCAGAGGCCAACGCCGACACCUGGUGUUCAAUAGGUGUCUUAUAUCAGCAACAGAACCAGCCUAUGGACGCACUGCAGGCGUAUAUAUGUUCAGUUCAGUUGGAUAAGAGUCACUGCAGCGCGUGGACUAAUCUCGGCAUCCUUUACGAGAACUGCAAUCAACCUCAAGACGCACUCAAGUGCUAUCUCAACGCUUCCAGAGGCAAAGGCACUCUAAUCGCUGGUCUCUCAGAAAGGGUUAAGUUUUUGCAAACACAGCUCUCGAAUGCACCGCUCAAUAGCACACAGAGUCCCAAAUCCCUGCCCUGUAUAGAGGAUGCCUGGAAUUUCCCCAUCUCUCAAGAGAUGGCUUCGCGACAAAACGCAUUCCAACGACAGAAUCAAGGCUUAACCCCGAACGAGGAUACCUUUCCUAACGUUAAACGUCAAAAAUUGGAGGGCCCCUCAAGAAUGCCCGUUCAAAUGAACCCCACUGUUACACCCCAGUCCCCUCUCUACCUCAACCAACAACAGAUGCAAAUCAUGAAUUAUUUGCAACAGAAUCAGGCAAACCUGAGUCCACAGCAGAAGAAUCUGCUUCAACAACAGUGUCGUCUGCUUUCACAGCAAAAGCAAAUGUCUUUAUUAAAGCAGCAGUCAAUGCAAGCGCAGACACCACCGCCUUGUGCUCCGACGGCUGCCUUUGCAGCUGACGCCACGAACUCCCUGUCCAGUGAGGACUCAAUGGCCGUUCAGAUGAGACCACCACUGAACCAAAGCAUUCCGCACUUGCAGUCGGCCUCUAAAAUGUCACCUCAAAGUGUUCAGCAAAAGAUGGGUCCGUCCAGUGGUCCCGUCGGCGAUGACUCUGCACUCAAUCGGUUCAACGAUCAGGAAUUGCAGUCAUUGUUAUCGCAACGACAGGCAACCACUUCGAUGACUGAAGACCUCAUCUCUCAGUUCAGCUUCGGGUCUGAAUCGACUCAAACCACUCAAUCAACUCAUUCUAGUCAUAAUAACAUCACUGCCAACACCAGUAGUGCCCAAAUCAGUACUAAUAGCGAACAAACAAUCGCUUCAUUCUUGUGUUCAGACAAUUCAAAGCUUUCUCAACUCAAAAGUGUUGACAAUUCGUUGACAUCAUUGGCAUCGCUUCCAUUUUCAUCCACUUCUAGUCAGAGUCAGCCGCAGCUCAAUAUUAAAAUGACCGCAAAAGAGAUUAUCAACAGUUGUAAGAAACAGCCAAAAAACACACGCAUUGUUUCCAGCCUUCUAUCAGAUGACGGGCGACCGCCUAUACCUCCGGAUCCACCGUAUCCUCCGUUGCCUAACGAUAAGCUGCAUCCGGCGGCGCCCAGUGUUUUCCUCGAGAACAAGAAGGAGGCGUUUUCAGCACAAUUGCAUGAGUUUUGUUUAGCACAUCCUAUUGCUGUCAUCAGAGGACUGGCCAGUGUUCUCAAACUCGAUUUGGGGCUAUUCUCCACCAAAACUCUUGUUGAGGCGAAUCCCGAACAUCUGAUUGAAGUGAGGACUCAAUUACUUCAACCAUCGGAUGAGAAUUGGGAUCCAGAGAGAAGGCAAAUGGUGUGGAGGUGUGAGAGUCAUCGCUCGCACACGACGAUUGCCCGGUACGCCCACUAUCAGGCCUCCUCUUUCCAGGAGUCCCUCCGAGAGGAACAGGAGAAGACUUUGGGACUCUUUAGAGAUUCCGACACCGAUUCCAACUCUUCCGCGCCGUCCAAAGGAAAGAAGAGCAAAAGGAACGGUUCGUUCAAAACCGUUAAGUUUGGAACAAAUGUCGAUCUCUCGGAUGAGAAGAAAUGGAAGACACAGUUACAGGAGUUAACGAAAUUACCCUCAUUUGCAAGGGUUGUGUCGGCCGGCAAUAUGCUUAGCCAUGUGGGACACGUGAUUCUCGGCAUGAAUACAGUUCAGCUAUAUAUGAAAGUUCCCGGCUGUCGAACACCUGGCCAUCAGGAGAACAACAACUUUUGCUCCGUUAAUAUAAACAUAGGGCCCGGAGAUUGCGAAUGGUUUGGUGUUCCCGACGAGUAUUGGGGAGUCAUUCAGAGAAUGUGUGAAAAGAAUAACCUAAACUAUUUGCACGGCUCGUGGUGGCCAAUACUGGACGACCUCUUCGCUGAUAAUAUACCUGUCUAUCGGUUCCUUCAAAGGCCGGGAGAUCUGGUUUGGGUGAACGCGGGAACAGUACAUUGGGUACAGGCUGUCGGCUGGUGUAAUAACAUAGCCUGGAAUGUGGGUCCUCUCACUGCCAAACAGUACUUUUUAGCCGUCGAAAGAUAUGAAUGGAAUAAAUUAGAGAACUUUAAGUCCAUUGUUCCGCUCAAACACUUGACGUGGAAUUUGGCGCGAAAUAUAAAGGUCUCUGAAGACGAACUCUUCCAGAAGAUUAGGAACUCAUUGAUGAGAAGCCUAAAGCUCUGCCAAAUGACUCUUCAAUACGUGGAGAGUGUUGGCCGUGAGAUCCGAUGGCACGGGAGAGGCAAGAAUGAGGCGGCACACUAUUGCGUCAACUGUGAGUUGGAAGUGUUCAACAUGUUGUUCGUACGGGAAGUGGAUAAGAAGCAUGAGAACACCUGGAAUGUGGGUCCUCUCACUGCCAAACAGUACUUUUUAGCCGUCGAAAGAUAUGAAUGGAAUAAAUUAGAGAACUUUAAGUCCAUUGUUCCGCUCAAACACUUGACGUGGAAUUUGGCGCGAAAUAUAAAGGUCUCUGAAGACGAACUCUUCCAGAAGAUUAGGAAUUCAUUGAUGAGAAGCCUAAAGCUCUGCCAAAUGACUCUUCAAUACGUGGAGAGUGUUGGCCGUGAGAUCCGAUGGCACGGGAGGGGCAAGAAUGAGGCGGCGCACUAUUGCGUCAACUGUGAGUGUUCAACAUGGCUAAGCAUAUUGCCGGCCGACACAACCCUUGCAAAUGAGGGUAAUUUCGUUAACUCCUGUAACUGUGUCUUCCAUUUCUUCUCAUCCGAGAGAUCGACAUUUGUUCCAAACUUAACGGUUUACACUAUUGCGUCAACUUUGGAAGUGUUCAACAUGUUGUUCGUACGGGAAGUGGAUAAGAAGCAUGUGGUGCACUGCCUGGACUGCGCCCGUAAGACGAGCCCCACUUUAGAGGGGUUUGUCAUUCUGGAAGAGUACACAUUGGAUGAGUUGAUGGAAGUGUACGACAACUUCACUCUACACGCAGUCGGUGUGACGUAUUCGUGACUGAAUUCGUGAUUGAGUUGAAUGUCAUUUACUUAAUACCUGAGCUCUUGUGCGAACAUUUUGUGAUAGAUAUACUCUAAGACUAGAAGCGGUCACUCAUUGGAUAUAUUGACGACUAAAUCCAAAGUACAAUAAUUAGCGUUAGUUUUGCGUUUUCUAUUGAUUUUAGUGUCGGAUAUUAUAUUCAUAUGUAAUAUAUUUGAGGUAAAGGUUUACACAAAACAGUUAUUUAUUGUAUAAUAAUUGAAGAAAUGGUAUAAAAUAUGUUACAAUAGAAUGAAUGCGCUUUCAAUCACAUCUCAAUCCUUACGCUAUGACUACUGCCAU